AUGGGUGAACAUAUGUUUUUGGAAAAAAAGGGUCUACAGCAUGUCAGCAUAGCCGAAGACGAAGAGGACACCGACACAGAUCCUGAGUCAAGCAGUGGAUUCGGUGGUGGAGAUAUAACUUACCCUCCAGUUGAUUAUAUAAAUGCAAUACCCACUUCUGAAGGUGGAGAUCAUUUAUCAGCUGGUGACAAGAGCCAAAGUCAUCCCUCAGCCGAUUAUACAAAGCCUGUUCCUAAACCUCGCAGUAAGAACACUGCGGUUAUCGGGCCUGAUAAUUUGCCUCCUGUCCCAUCCCCAACCUCGCCUGGUGUCUUUCCCUUAUCUCCGCCCACCUCCCCUAAACCCUCACCUUCCCAUGCUGCCCUUGCACCCUCUUCCACAGUCCCAGAGGCACCGAAUCACGGAUCAGGCACGCCAGUUGCAAAAGUCCCUUCACUUCCAAGCGUCCCACCUCCCCCAGCUCCCCCACCUUUACCCUUCAAAUUCACGAUGAAGUCGAAAAAACCACGCACCAAGGCUUUCCACUGGGACGUAGUUGCAAAAGAGAAGAUUGCAAAAUCACUUUGGAUACAAGAGACCACCGGGAGGAUUGAAAUCGACACAACGCGCUUAUACGAGCAAUUUGCCGUUAAAGAUCUGGGGGUGUUUGGUGUGGCUGAGCAGAGCAAUACGCAGCAUAUUAUGCUCAACGAGAAGGUUGCACACAACUUCAACAUUUUCCUCAAAAGUUUUCCAGUGCAACCGGGAGAGCUGAAGGACAAACUGUUCAUCGUUAAUGAGGAAGAUGGAGGCCUGUCUGAUGAGCACAUCACCUCUCUCAGGAGGUAUGUCCCCACGUUGGACGAUGUGGAAAUGUACAAAUCUCACAAGGGACCAGUGACGGAGCUGCAUAUUGUGGACCAGUACAUGAUGGAGAUGUGCAACAUCCCGUGCCUGAGCACACAGCUCGACCUGCUGCUGACUCUGAGAGAGAUUCCGAUCAGCACGAAUGACCUGCAGCCUCUGAUUAACCAGAAGAUCAGAAUGUGCACGCAGCUGAACAACUGCAGGUCAUUUGUUUCCGUGCUGGAGUACCUCCUCGCCAUUGGCAAUUACCUCAACGAGAACGCCAGGAAGGAAAAGGCCAAGGGAUUCCGCCUCUCCUCCUUAUCUAAACUCUCCCAGCUCCGUGGGAGAGACAAGAAGUUCACCUUGCUCAAUGCCCUUGUGGAGCAGAUCAUGUUGCAUGAACCGUGCCUGGCCACUUUUACCCAGGAGUUGGCAGAAUUUGAAACUGUCCCUGGAGCUUCCAUCAAAGGCCUGACCGCAGAAGUAGAUGUCCUUAAGAAUGAACUGCAGAAAGUCAUUCAGUACAGAAAAACUUCCAAGAAGAAAAAUGCUGGAGUUCAUCACCCGAACUUCGCCAAAGACCUGAAGGUGAAGUAG